AUGACGCAGUCUAAAGCGCAAGCACCAAAAGCGUUCGUUUUCGAUGUGUUUGGCACCGUGGUCAACUGGCGCCAAAGUCUGGCUCUAGGCCUCGCAUCCGCAGCGAAGUCUGCAGUAUCAGCCAAAGGCACGUCUGACGAUGCGCCUGGCCUCGUCGCCCGCGUACAGAACAUGACGCAUACUGAUUGGGAGUGGUUCGCUACUGAAUGGUAUACUAGAUAUAUCCACUUCGCACAAUCAGCGCAGCCCGGAGUCACCGAUUUCCUGCUCCAGGAAGAAGUCCAUAGGCGUACGUUGAGGCUCAUGAUCCCCGAGUACAAGUUUGAGGGACUUUGGACACCGGACCAGCUCGAGGAAUUGGUCUUCUUGUGGCAUAAGCUUGAUGCCUGGCCAGACUCAGCUGCUGCGAUUGCGCGUCUGGCCAAGCAUGGGCCGGUCGUCACCUUGUCAGAUGGGUCUGUGCAGCUGCUCAAGGCUUUGAAUGACCGGAACGAUCUGGGCUACACCGACAUCUGGGGGUCGGAUACUUGGACAGCAUAUAAACCGGACCCGGCAGUAUAUAAGGGAGCUGUCGCAAAGCUUGGCCUGCAACCUCAUGAGGUAGCGCUUGUCGCGGCUCAUCUUGGCGAUCUAUGGGCUGCCAAGAAAUGCGGGUUGAAGGCAUUUUAUGUGGAGCGGCCCUUUGAAGAGCGAUAUAGCAGAGACGAAAUAGAAAAGGCCCGCUUGGACGGUUGGGUGGACUUAUGGGUACCUUACGGCAACGGUGGACUCCACGGUGUUGCCAAUCGCCUAACCUAG